CCUCUUUAAAUCGAGUUUAGCCAGCCAAGGUGGAACUGUCCUGUAGAUAGCUGCACGCUGCACUUGAAUUUAAGACCACAGACGUCCCCCCAACUUGUCUCUGUUGUAUUGUCGAUUGUAUGACAAUCGAUCCUCUGAUUUGAGACACUAUUAUGGCUGGCAGCACCUCCAAGACAGUUCACGAUAUCUUUCAAAGCAUGGAGUACGGGCCGACUUCUUCCAGCUCCACCACUGCACAGGCCUGGCUGGAGAGCCGCGCCCGCACCCUCGGCCUCUUCAUCAACGGCGCGUUCCUGAACCCGGCCGGAAGACGGCUGACGAGCCUGACGGACGCUAAAGGUGAACGUGUGUUCAGUGUGGUGUGUGCUGGGAAGGAGGACGUCUCCGAGGGCCUGAGCUCUUCGGCCAGUGGCCUGCGGUCGUGGAGCGAGCUGUCCUGCGCCCAGAGGGCCAAAGUGCUGCUAAAAUGGGCGGGCGUCCUGGGUCAGCACGGCCCGUGUGUGGCGGAGCUGAGCGACCUGUCCGGGGCCUCCUGCCCCCCGGCCUCCCUGGUGCGGCUGGCCCAGUACUACUCCGGCUGGGCGCAGCUCCGCGACGCACGCCUGUCCCACUGGAGCCCGCGCGGUGUGGUGGAAGUGGUGGCCUCGGAUGACUGCCCCCUCUACUCCCUGAUGCUCAAAGUCCUGCCAGCGCUAGCCAUGGGAAACGCUGUGAUGGUCGUGCCUGGCCGUGUCACCGCCCCUUCAGCUCUCCUAUUGGCCCAGCUCUUUACAGAGGCGGGACUCCCUGCCGGGGCCCUGAACGUUUUGCCCGGGGACCCCGUGUCUCUGGGGGCCAUUGUGGCCCAGAGCCCCACCGUCAACUCUGUGACCUACUGCGGCAACAAGCAGGACGGAGCGGCGCUCUGCAAGGCCACGGCAGGCCUGGGCGUGGCGGUCUCCGUCUCGCCCGCCGUCGGGGCCACGUGCCCCUUCGUGGUGUUCGAGUCGGCCGACAUCGACAGCGCGGUGGACGGGGCGAUCGAGGCCGCGCUCAAGAAGAGGAAGGAGGUCCAGUGGGUGCUGUGCGUGCAGGAGGGCGUCCUGGACGCGGUGCUGGCCCGUCUGAGGCUGCGGCUGGCCGGCCUGAAGUGCGUGUCCCUGGCGAGCGAGGCGGACCGCGUCCUGGUGGAGGCCGCAGUACAGGGGGCCGUCCAGCAGGGGGCCACGCUGAUCCAGUCGUGCGGACCCCCGGCCUCGGGCCUCCAGUACCCUGCCACCGUGCUGUGUGGUGUGGCCCCCCCCUCGCCCUGCGUGGCCAGCCCCCCGCCCUGGCCGCUGCUGCCCCUCGUGACGUUCAGGAGCCACGCGGAAGGAGUGACGCUGGCGAACCACAGUCCUCACGGUCACGCAGCCUCCAUCUGGACAGAAGACCUCACCCUGGCUCUGGAGGCUGCCAAGAGCCUCUCCGUGGGCUCAGUGUGGGUCAACUCCCACUCGGUGUGUGACCCGUCGCUGCCCUCUAGUGGACACAAGGACAGCGGCACCUGCACGGACGGGGGUCAGGAGGGUCUGUACCAGUUCCUCCAGCCCUCCCCCUUCGCCCCCUCUCUCUCCCGCGCCACCCCGGCCCUGGACUACGAAACGUUCGGAUCGGCUGCGCCGCACGCCGUCAUUCCCACGGAGAGUGCCCCCAAGUUCUACCGGCAGUUUGUCGCGGGCAAGUCGUGCAAGUCCGAGUCUGGAGGCAGUGUUGCGGUGCAGACACCAGAUGGCGCCAGCGUGCUGGCCUACUGCCCGGACGGAGGCAGGAAGGACGUCCGCAACGCAGUGGAGGCCGCAAUCAAAGUACAGCCUGGCUGGAUGAAGAAGGGGCCUUCUGCACGCGCUCAGUCCCUCUACUCCCUGGCCAAGGAGCUGGAGGCAAAGAGGCUGGAGCUGGCCGCAGCCAUCAGAGCCCAGACCGGCCUCUCAUUGGACGAGGCUGACCUGGAGGUGGAGCUAAGCGUGGACCGGCUCACUGAUUGGGCGGCACGCUGCAGCCAAACCCAGGGCGGUGCUCCGGCCGUCCCCCAGGCAGGCUCCGCCCUCUCCCUUCCCCAGGCGCUGGGCGUGGUCGGGGUCGUCCUCCCCGACCACAAGCCCCUCCUCUCCCUGGUGACGCUGCUCGGGGCGGCCGUCGCCAUGGGCAACGCCGUUGUCAUGGUGCCCAGUCAGCGGUACCCGGUCCCGGCCUUGACUUUCAUCCAGGUGCUGCAGGCGUCCGACCUGCCAGCGGGCCUGGUCAGCAUCAUCCCCGGCGCCCGCGAUCAGCUGACUGCGGCUCUGGCCAAUCACAACGUGAUCAAGGCCAUCUGGUACUGGGGCAGCCCUGAGGGCUGUCAGUACCUGCAGUACACCUGCACCGGGCCCUUCAAGACCCUGUGGCUCCACAGCGGGGGGCCCGCGGCGGAGGAGGAGGCCUGCUGGGGCCCCACCAGCACCUCCUUCCUGGAGGAGACCUGGAACCAGUCCACCCAGUGGAGGAGCGUCUGGAUCCCCACCGCCUAGGCUCCACCUCCACCUCCACCUGGACCACCGUCAUCUUCAUCACCAUCACCACCAACUAGGCUGGAUCAUCAUCACCAUCAUCACCACCACCUUGGCUGAAACCUCCACCUACACCAUCACCUAAUUCGGAUUCCCAGCAACACCACCACCUAGGGUGGAGCUCCACCAACACCACCACCUAGGGUGGAGCUCCAGCAACACCACCACCUAAGGUGGAGCUCCAGCAACACCACCACCUAGGGUGGAGCUCCAGCAACACCACCACCAAGGGUGGAGCUCCAGCAACACCACCACCUAGGGUGGAGCUCCAGCAACACCACCACCCAGGGUGGAGCUCCAGCAACACCACCACCCAGGGUGGAGCUCCAGCAACACCACCACCUAGGGUGGAGCUCCACCAACACCACCACCUAGGGUGGAGCUCCAGCAACACCACCACCUAGGCCGGGCCCCCCAGGAGUAGCAGUAGGAACCUCUGGGGGAGGAGAAUAGUGUGGCCUCCAGGUUGUAGAGGUUAGGCCAGGGGGAGAUCCCAGCGAGUAGGGAGGAAGGAAGGAAGGAAGGAAGGGUUCAGGAGAGGUAGCAGGAGUGUGGAGGCGUCAUAAGGGGCUCAGUCCUGAAGCCACUGUCAUUGUCUUGGUAAAAUAGUCCAGUUCCAACACCCCUUCUGCCUUUGUCUCGAUCAGAUAGGGGAGGGGGAAGAGAGGGAAAUCAAAGAGUCGAGGUAGUGUUGGACCUCAUCCUAAAAUCAUUGAAUAUUAAUGAGUUAUUCCGAUUAAAAUACAGUUUGCCCCAAAUUAUUCCACGGCGAUGUUUGUAAAAAUACAGCGUGAUUUGUUCUCUAACAUUUGGUACACACGGUUCUAUUUCUCAUGUUCUGUCAAAUGUAGAAAAUGAUAAAAAUACACAGAUUUGCAUAUGCAUUAUGAUAAAUCACAAAACAACAUUAAUGUUUUCAGUACAACCCAAAUUAUGAAGAAGUUACAUCUGAUAGUGUUUGAUAGAAUAAUAUAAUUUUAAUAUGUGAAAAUGCUUUGCUACAAUCUUGGCGGUUAACGUUCUACCUCUUGUAUUCGAGCAGGCCUUCUACUGUAUAAUUUCCUGUCCAAGAAAGUACUUGCUUUCGUAGCAUUCGCAGUACGAGAGAAAGAAGAUGAAUCCAUCUAAAAUAAAAUCUGAUGUAACCUGUAUAUUCCAGCCAUAUCUGCCUUGUAUUUCAGCUUCUAUAAGCGUUGAUUUCUUUCCAGAUAACAAUAAUUCUUGGCACUGAACAAUGAUACUGUAAUCUUCAGCCAGCAAACUACAUUCAUAGUUUGAUGACAGUAACAUUCCCGGAAAGCACUUUGAAAAUGUGUGAAAGCCAUGCCUUUAUAAAAAGUUUGUUAUUAAAGAUCAAAUGUUAUAAAAUGUGCUGCGUCACAUUCUUUUAAUAGCUAAUAAAGAGCGAAUUAAGAUAUGAAA